UUGAGAACAAUUGAUAACCAAAUGUAUGUUCGUGUUUGUUUUCGCUCUCAAAAACAAAAAAUAUUGUUUAGAAAACUUCCCGAACAUAGCCUUGAUUUCUGGAUUGGGUGCAUUCAGGACUGUUGACUGUUUCACCCACUAGACAUAAUCAACAUCAGGAGGUAUCACUGUCCUGUUUAGGAUUUUGUCCUCUUUUUUAUCAAGCAAAAUGGGUGCAAUGAAAGUCUUUGUCAAUGUUGGUGAUAAUGGGAGGGCUGUUGAUGAGAAAGAGAAAACUCAUGUCCUUGAGCUGCAAAGCUGUUGAUGAGUGGCUUUACCAGGCUCAAAUACCAUUUAGAGGGCAUGAAGGGAGAUGUAUCACCUUGUGGAGAAGUUCCUGCAAAUGUCAAGGCUGAUGAGAGAAAAGAUACUUGAGUUGAAAAGGGGGAAUCUCAGAAAGGAAAUCGAGAAAUUGAACCAGCACAAUCUCUAGUUGAAGAGGAAGUCCUUCCUUAAAUCAAAGAAUGUCAAGCAAGAAAAGUUGGAACCAUUCAGAAUUCUAGUUCAGGUGUGGAGAGCAAGCAAAAAAGGGCCCUGUAUCAAGGGUCGACGAUUUCAUUUUUAGUUCGAAGAAUGGGUUCGGAAAGAGCUAGUUGUGAUAGAAAGGAAGAGGAUAUACAGUCAAGGCAAGCCAAAAAUGCAUUGACAGUUUUUUUUUUUUAAUGAAAUGGGCACUGAUUUUACUGCUCCAAUCUCAAGGGGCUUCUACGAAAUUUUUAACCGUAUCCUCAGUUGCCAUCAGGUUGAGUGCGAAUUUCCUAGCUAUCAGGAGCUCAAAGUUUGGAUCCUUCAAUAUAAGGUGAAAGAGAUGCUACAUAAUGUGCAUGGGAUUAGAGAUACAUGGGCAAUCACGUGGUCUAACAUCAUAGUAGAUGGGUGGAAGGAUGAGAAGGGAAGAAACUUGAUGAACUUCUUUGUUGAUUGCCCCAGGGGUCUAAUUUAUCUUAUUUUAUGUUACGUUUCAGCCUUGAUUGAUGAUGUUGAUGCCUUAGUGCUGUUGUUUGAACAAGUUAUUGAGGAUGUCGGGGUGCAAAAUGUUGUGCAAAUUGUUUCCCAUUCUACAUCAGAAGGUAUGGAAGCUGUGGGCCAUAGUUUGGUGGAGAAGUACCAAACAGUGUUUUGGAGAGUUAGUGCAUCUCAUUGCAUAGAGAUGAUAUUUGAGAAGAUUGGGAUGAUGGGUAACAUUAGAGAGAUAUUGGACAAAGCCAAGACUGUCACACAAGGUUCAUACACAGCUAUGCAGCAGCUCUGAACCAUAUGAGAAAUCAUACAUGUGUCCAUGACCUGGUGAAAGCCUCCAAGAGUAAGUUAGCAAUUCUCAUUUUGACUCUACUGAAUAUAGCCUCAGAAAAUUGGGGUUGGAGAAAAUGCUUAUCUCAUCUGAGUGGGAGACCUCAUGCUGGGCUUCCAGAAGAGAGGCGAAGAGGGUAGCUGAUAUUAUGGUGGAUCCCUAUUUCUUGAGUGGAGCUGAGAUGUUCCUAAAGCCAACUGUUCCUCUGGUGGGUGUUCAAUGCUCAAUCAUUGGGGGUGAUAAAGACAGUGCCCAUUUCAUACAAAAAUCUGCCAAUGCAUUUCUUAGCUUGCUUUGAGGCUGUAUCUUCUCCCUCUCAGUCACAGCUAGCUCUUUCUGAACCCAUUCUUAAAACUGAAAAUGAAAUCAUUUUGUUGACCCUUGAUAUGGGGUGUUCUUUUUUUGCGUGCUUUCCACCAUCUGAACCAACAUUCUGAAUCGUUCCAACUUUUCUUUGCUUGACAUUCUUUGAUUUAAGGGAGGACUUCCUCUUCGAAGUAAAGAUCAUCAGAGACAGACAUGUAACAUAUGUGAAACAUGGAUGCAGUGAAGGAAGAUAUUGCAGAGGAAUUUGAAAAUAAUGAAUCGAUACAUGCCAUUUUGGAAAAUGAUUGAUGAGAUUUGGAACAAUCAUCCAUAUGGUGCUCUUAAUGCUGCAGCUAAUCACUUGAAUCUGAGAAUCUUCUAUUCAAGGGAGUACAGUUUUGAUAAGGAGGUUUUUGAAGGUAUUAAGUGCUGUGUUGAGCAUAUGGUACCUGAUGGACACAUCCAAAAUGAGGUAUGGUCACAACUUGACCAGUAUUUGAUUUUGGGAUGGGAAGAGCCAUGGACGGAAGAAAUGAUAUUCAUCCAGGAAAUUUAUGAAACACUUCAAAGCUUCAUUAACACCAACCAUUUGAUUGGGACUGACAGUGAACUAUAGUUAUCACUCUGGCACCAUCUGUUGAUGCUUUAUCAAGUCAACUCUGUGUGGGAGCUGCUGCUGCAAACAAGCCAAAAAUGAGAUUGAUCCUGAGCUCCAUGAGUGUUUUGUAGUGGCCAUCAACAAAUUUGAUGGGUCUGAAAGUGAGUAAAAUAUUUCUCCUUCUGGCAGGCAAGUCGGGCUUAGUUCUUAUUUCUUUAUUAGGAAGACAAGUUGUAAGACUAACCCUGUAGCAUGAAUGCACUAAGCACUAAUCAAGUUGGACAUGAAAGUGGAAGGUUUGUCCAUUUAUCAAAUGAAAUGAAAUACGAGCUUGCUAAGCAUGGCAGAGAGAAAUGAAGAUUGUGUGCAUUCAGUGGACUGCCGUCAUUUUUGGGCAUAUUUUCUCAUAGUUUCAUUGGUUGGAGAGAUUAUCUGCAUUCUAGAACCGACUGGUUGUUGUGAAGUUAUCAGCUUCCAAUUCAGAACAAGAAGAAUGGCCACAAACGAAGUCUCUGCCAAUGUUCAUGAUCAUGGGAAGGCUGUUGAUGAGCAAAAGAAAAAGGCUCAAUGCAACUACUGUGGUAAGGUGGUGAGUGGCUUUACCAGGCUCAAAUACCAUUUAGCAGGCAAAAGGGGAGAUGUAUCAGCAUGUGGAGAAGUUCCUGCAAAUGUUAAGGAACUGAUGAAAGAAAAGAUACAUGAGUUGGAAAGACGGAAACUCAGAAAGGGAGUCGAGAAAAUGAACCCACCUGAUCUUUCUUUGAAGAGGAAGUCCUCCCUUGAAUCAAAAAAUGUCAAACAAAGAAAAGUUGGCAAUAUUCAGAGUGCUGGUUCAGACAGUGGAAAGCAUGCAAAAAAUGACCCUGUAUCAAGGGUCAAUGAAAUAGUUUCAUUUUCAGUUUUAAGUAUGGGUUCAAAAAAAGCUAGCUGUGACAAGGAGGGAGAAGAUAUACCUGUAAGCCAAGCUAAGAAAUGCAUUGGCAGAUUUUUGUAUGAAAUGGGCACUGAUUUUAGUGCUGCAACCCCUACAAGCUUGCGCAGAAUGAUUAAUGGCAUCCACAGUUGUCAUCAGGUUGAAUAUGAGUUUCCUAGCCAUCAGGAGCUGAAAGGUUGGAUCCUUCAGGAUGAGGUGAAAGAGAUGCUACAUCAUGUGCAUGGGAUUAGAGAUACAUGGGCAACCACAGGGUGUAGCAUUGUAGUAGAUGGGUGGAAGGAUGAGGAGGGAAGAAACUUGAUGAACUUCCUUGUUGAUUGCCCUUGGGGUCCAAUUUGUCUUAGAUUAUGUGACAUUUCAACCUUGUCUGAUGAUGUGCAUUCCUUGGUGUUGUUGUUUGAACAAGUUAUUGCGGAGGUCGGGGUUGAAAAUGUUGUGCAAAUUGUCUCCCAUUCUGCAUCAGAAUGUAUGGCAGCUGUGGGCAAUAGUUUGAUGGACAAGUACCCAACAUUGUUUUGGACAGUCAGUGCAUCCCAUUGCAUAGAGAUGAUGUUGGAGAAGAUUGGGAUGAUGGGCACCACUAGGGUGAUACUGGAUAAGGCAAAGACCAUCACAAGGUUCAUAUACAGCCAUGUAAUGGUUCUGAACCUUAUGAGGAAUCAUACACUUGUCCAUGACCUUGUGAAACCCUCAAAGAGCAAGUCAGCCAUCCCAUUUUUGACUUUACAAAAUAUAGUUUUAGAAAAAGGGAGGCUGGAGAAGAUGUUUAUCUCAUCUGAAUGGAAGACCUCAUGCUGGGCUUCCAGAAGAGAGGGGAAGAGGGUAGCUGAUAUAGUGCUGGAUCCCUCUUUCUGGAGUGGAGCUGAGAUGGUUCUAAAGCCAACUAUUCCUCUGGUGGGUGUGCUAUGCUCGAUCAUUAGGGGUGAUAAGGGACAAAUGUGUUACAUAUAUGAAACAAUGGAUGCAGUGAAGGAAGACAUUGCAGAGGAAUUUGAAAAUAACGAAUCCCAAUACAUGCCCUUCUGGGAACUGAUCGAUGAGAUUUGGAACAAUCAUCUGCAUAGUGCUCUUCAUGCUGCAGCUAAUCACUUGAACCCGGCAAUCUUCUAUUCAAGGGACUACAAUUUUGAUAAGGAGGUGUUUGAAGGUAUUAACUGCUGUAUUGAACAUAUGGUACCUGAUGAACACAUCCAAAAUGAGAUAUGGUUGCAACUUGAACAGUACAAGGAUGCGGAAGGUGAUUUUGGGCUGGGGAAAGCCACUGAGAGAAGAAACAUUUUUCAUCCAGCCUUGUGGUGGUCCAAUUAUGGAGGACAUUGUCCUGAGUUACAAAAAUUGGCCACUAGAAUUCUAAGCCAGACAUGUGAUGGUGCUUCAAGAUACAAGCUCAAGAGGAGUUUGGCUGAGAAUCUACUGGCAAAAGGAAGGAAUCCAAUAGAGCAAGAGCGAUUAUGUGAUCUCACCUUUGUGCAUUACAAUUUGCACUUGCGGAAUGCUGAUUGGAGCACAUACACUGACACUGAGUUUGGGGAGAUUGACCCAAUGAAUGACUGGAUUGUGUGGGAAGGACCUUCCACUUCUCAAUCAAAUGCUGAGCCCAGAUUGUGUGCAUUCAGGAGACGUGACUGGUUCACCUACAAGACAUAUUUCCUCAUGGUUUCAUUGGUUGGAGAGAUCAUCUGCAUUCUGGAUCACCCUAGUUGAAGUGGAGUUAUCAGCUUCCAGUUCAGGACAAGAAGGAUGGCUUCAACUGAAGUCUCUGUCAAUGUUCAUGAUCAUGGGAAAGAUAUUGACGAGCAAAAGAAAACGCCGCAAUCCAACUACUUUGGUAAGGUGGUGAGUGGCUUUACCAGGCUCAAAUGCCAUUUAGCAGGUGUAAGGGAAAAUGUAUUACCUUGUGGAGAAGUUCCUGCAAAUGUUAAGGAACUGAUGAAAGAAAAGAUGCUUGAGUUCAAAAGAGGGAAUAUCAGAAAGGAAGUCAACAAAUUGAACCACCCUGAUCUUCCUUCAAAGAUGAAGUCCUCCCUUAAAUCAAAUAAUGUCAGGUAAAGAAAGUUGGAAUAAUUCAGAAUGCACUUUCAGAUGGAAAGCAUGCAAAAAGGGACCUUGUCUCAAGGGUCAACGAAAUGGUUUCAUUUUCAGUUUUAAGAAUGGGUUCAGAAAGAGCUAGCUGUGAUAGAGAUGGAGAAGAUAUACCCUCAAGGCUGGCCAAGAAAUGCAUUAGCAAAUUUUUGUAUGAAAUGGAACUGAUUUUAGUGCUGCAACCCCUAGCAGCUUGCACAGAAUGAUUAAUGGUAUCCACAGUUAUCAUCAGGUAGAGUAUGAGUUUCCUAGAGCUGAAAGGUUGGAUCCUUUGGGAUGAGGUGAAAGCGGUGCCACAUCACGUCCAUGGAAGGAUGAGAAAGGGAAGAAACUUAUGAAGUUCCUUGUUGAUUGCCCUCAGGGUCCAAUUUGUCUUAGAUUAUGUGACAUUCCAGCCUUGAUCAACGAUGAAGAUGUCCUGGUGCUUUUAUUUUGAAGAAGUUAUUGGGGAGUUCAGGGUAGAAAAUAUUGUGCACAUUGUCUCCCAUUCUGUGUCAGAAUGUAUGGCAGCUUGAUGGACAAGUGCCAAACAUUGUUUUCGACAGUUUGUGCAUCUCAUUGUAUCGAGAUGAUAUUGGAGAAGAUUGGAAUGAUGGGCACCACUGGGGAUGUAUUGGAUAAAGCGAAGACCAUUGCAAGGUUCAUCUACAGCCAUGCAAUGGUUCUGAACCUUAUGAGGAAUCAUAAUCUUGUUCAUGACCUUGUGAAACCCUCCAAGAGGAAGCCAGCAAUCCCAUUUUUGACUUUGCAAAAUAUAGUCCCAGAAAAAGGGAGGCUGGAGAACAUGUUUAUCUCAUCUGUGUGGAAGAACUCACGCUGGGCCUCUAGAAGACAGGGGAAGUGGGUGGCUGAUAUAGUGGUGGAUCCCUCUUUCUGGAGUGGAGCUGAGAUGGCCCUAAAGCCAACUGUUCCUCUAGUGGGUGUUUUAUUGUUGAUUAUUGGUGGUGAUAAGGGACAAUGUGUUACAUAUAUGAAACAAUGGAUUCAGUGAAGGAAGAUAUUGCAGAGGAAUUUGAAAAUAACAAAUCCCAAUACUUGCCCUUCUAGAAACUGAUUGAUGAUACUUGCUAUAAUCAUCUACAUAGUCUUCUCCAUGCUGCAGCUAAUCACUUGAGCCUGGGAAUCUUCUAUUCAAGGGACUACUGUUUUGAUGAGGAGGUGUUUGAAGGUAUUAACUGCUGAAUUGAAUGUAUGGUUCCUGAUGGGUGCAUCCAAAAUGAGAUAUGGUUACAACUUGAACAUUAUAAGGAUGUGGAUGGUGAUUUUGGGCUGGGGAGAGCCACAGAGAAGAAAUGGUUUUCAUCCAGCCUUGUUGUGGUCCGACUGUGGAGUACAUUGUCCUGAGUUACAAAAAUUGGCCACUCAGAUUCUGAGCCAGACAUGCUAUGGUGCUUUGAGAUACAAGCCCAAGAGGGGUUUGGAUGAGAAUCUACUCACAAAAGGAAGGAACUCGGCAGAACAAGAGCGAUUGUAUGACCCCAUGUUUGUGCAUUACAAUUUGCACUUGUGGGAUUCUGAUUGGAGCACAGACAGUGACAUUGGGUUUGAGGAGACUAACCAAUGAAUGGAUGGAUGGUGGGGGAAGGAGCGUCCAUUUCUAAAGCAAAUGAGGGGUCCAGGUGUAUACGAUGUCAGCUAGGAGGGAUCAUGAUGAGAUGGAUGCUCCUACUAAGACUGACUUUUUGGUUGAUGGUUUAGGAUUCCACUUGUUUAGUAUUAUUCAUUUGGGUUAUAGUAUUGGAUAAGUGUUAUUACUUGGAAUGUUGUCUUUGUUUAAUUCAUUAUAUUUAGUAUUUAUACUGGAAACUUAAAUGACUUUGGUUUUUUAUUUAGCAUGCUUUGUCUAUUGCUACCCUUAGCAGGGACUAGUAGUGAGCAUAUCAGCUUGUUAUCUUCAUUUGGAGGUCUUUCACAGUGAGUGUAGCAGCUUGUUAUCUUCGUUUGGAGGUCUUUCACUGUGAGGCUCCACACCUGAUAAGUGAAAUGACCUUGGUAUACCUGGCCUCUGGUUUGAGCUGUCACAUGAAUCCUAGUGGAGCUCAUAAUAACCUCACUUAUGGCCUUAUGUGGUUGGCUGGAAUGGUCAGGUGGAAUGGAGAUCUCAUUAAUUUUGUUUCCACUCUGAAGAAUUUAUCAAAAUGGCCUAGAUUGAGAAUUGAAAUCUGCUCUUCCCUGUGGGAAUAACCCACAUUCAAAUCAGCUUCUUUUUCCCUACAGCCCUUUCUAUUACAGUAUUCUCAUUUCUAUUCCAAGUGAUAUUGAAAAAAAGAAAAUAAAGGAAGCCAGCGCAAGUUUUGUAACUGCCCUCCUAAUCAUUCAUUCACCUGCACAAAUCAUAAAGACAUACCCAUCUCUCAUCAGGUUCUGGGCUAUGAGAAGUUCUCCAGGAACUGGAGCUGGAGCACCAAGCACCGGGCUUUGUGUUUUGUGGAAAGACACCAUGAACAAGUUUUGCAGGAACCACCAAAACCAUCAAGAUUUCUCCAACUUCUGAGUAUUACUUCAUGCAUUUCCCAUAUCAUCGAUGAUUCCCGUGUUACACAUCUUGAUCUUACACAGAGAUUCAAAACACACAGCUACUCAGGAGUGGAUUCUAUGAUCUGGGUCUAACCAGGAGGGGCUAUAAUCUCAGUUUUUGGUGGUGGGUUGGUGGAUUGCAUGAGGUUGGUGCCACAGCCACCUACCAUAACCCAAUUCAGAGAAAUGCCUGGGUAAUGGAAACUCUUGUAUUAGUGAAAAAAAUGCCUCCAUUUCUGGGGUGUGGAUGCAUUUAUGUGGGCAAACAGCACACAGGUCAUGUACCAUUCAAAGGCCUUCUCAUGUUUCAUUUUCCUGCCUCACUUCUUAUUUCAGUUUUCAGUAAUGGAAGAGAAUGGAGCUGGACCACUUCAUUA